GGCGCGAUGGCUGGCCCACAGUCACGUGCCAAGGGUCCUAGCGGAGGGCACGACGUCGCGAGGCACGGCACGGGUUAGGCACGAGCCAACAAGAGCGCAGGGCGAUCGGCUCCUCCAAGGUCCUCGCGACAGCUGUCGUCUGCUCCACGCCCAUCUCUCCACAGCCCCGCGCGCCCGACCUCCACUUGACCUCCAGCCGCGGGUGGCGACCACCCUCCGGGCUCGACGGCGGGGAAGUGCCAUAGUAUGCUCUGGGGCCGCUGACGCCGUCCUCAGUCGUCUGACAUCUCGGCGUUCCCCUCCGCUGCCGCAACAUGAUCGAGGAGGUGGAGAAGCAGCCCCGGCAACUCACAGGAUCGGCCAUCGUGUCUGUGGAGUUUGAGGUGUACGGCCAGGUCCAGGGGGUGUACUUCACCAAGUACUGCCGGGACCGCUGUCUGGAGCUCGGCCUCAGCGGCUGGGUCAAGAACUCGAAGAAGGGCACCAUCCUGGGCAAGAUGCAGGGCGAGAAGAGAUACGUGGAGCAAAUGAUUUCUUGGCUGUCGAAGACGGGCAGCCCCGGUUGCCGGAUCGAGCGCUGCGACCUCAGCAAUUUGGAGUACCUCCGGAGGCUCGAGUUCCGGGGAUUCACCAUCCGCUUCUGAGCUUGCAGCCUACCACUUCUCUGCGGCUGUGUGUGCGUGCAUGUAUGUUUGUGUGUGAGUAAUGCGGUAAAAAGAGUGCAUGAGGUGUGUGACCUUUGGUCUAACGGAUGAGGUGCUUGCUCGCUCAGCUCUCUCCUCUCUAGACGCGUAUGCAUGUGUAAAUGUGUCGUGGACGCGGCGUGGUGUCUUAAUAAUUGUUAACAGUAUUACAAGCCCGCCGCCUCUCCAGAUAUCGAAAUAAUUGUGAUAAGUAUCGAGGGAUGGAAACUUCAUGGCGCAAGUUUUACAAGGUGUUCAGUUAUGUGUUUGGAUAAUAAAUAAAUGUUCGUACUGA